UUAACGCAGAAUCACAUCUUUUGAGUCCAGAAUUCAAGAAUUUCUCGCAUUUUUCGUGUUUUUCCCGAAAAAUGACUCAAAUUUUUGCUCAUUUUUUAUCAAAUUUUUGAAAACCAAAUCUCGAGAUCGCGUGGGAGGGCGUCGGGAGAGUGCGGGUGGAGAGCGGUCGGACCCGAAGAGACACCGAAUUGGAGGCAAUCCUCGGAAUCUGGAGAAGCUUUGAGCAGAGAGUCGACGACUGCGCCCAAAAUGGGUUCAAAGAUCUCAUGUUCGUCUUGUAAUCCGAAACCCGUGCCUUCGAGUGGACGACCGCGUGCCGACGGCCAACCCCGACGUGAUGGUCACGUGCUGCGUCUAUGGGCGGAAGUGUUUCACGUGAGUGCGUCUUCGGGAGCAGUUCGAUGGACGCAAUUGAGCGACGAUUUGGUUCCGAUAACUGUAACCGCAGUUUCGGGAAGAUUUCACGUCACGGCUUAUAACUCGAGAGUCGACAAAGUGUUGGACACGUGGUUGACGGGAACGCGAUUGGGACAGGCGUCCAAUUGCUUCGUCUACUGGAAAGACGCCGUUUCGGGCGACACGUGGGGUUUGAACUUCACUUCGGCUCAAGACGCGCGAUCUUUUCGGGAAUGCAUUCAAUCUUCCGGUCGUUCGGCAAAUGAUUUCCGAAGAGCCGAGUCUUCGUAUUCGUUGAGAGAAAGAGAAGAUUCGGGAAAACGGAGGGAAAGGACUCUGAAUUCGGUUCCUUCGAGUCCUUCGAAGAAAAACAUUCAAAGAAACGGAACAAAAGAGUCGAAAAGAGAAACCGGAGAAGCGCCGCAGUGUACCUGUGAUUGCAUGACUUCUGAGGCUCUUCACAAACAACGCAACGGACGGAUCAGAUACGCGGCUUUCGCGAGACAAGACUCUUCGGGAACGACACAAAGCUCUCGAAGCGACGGAUCUUUGGUUCGAAGACAACACGAAAGACAACAAUACUUCGCGAAUCGAGGUCAUGUCCGCUCAAUGGAAGAACAACUCCGCGUCCGGUCACGUGCCGACGCCGCCCGACACCAACAAGCGCGUUCGGCAACUGCGCAGGCGCAGAUGCGGUCGAAGUCAACGGAAGACGUUCGGCGACAGGUGGCGUCUACCGGGACGACGACCGACGACUUGCCGACGACGACUACAACUACUGCUCAGACGCUGUCAUCGGAAGCGUUGAAACGCAUGUUACGCGAAGUUGGACCGCAAGGAGUGUCUGAACGCCCGAAAUCGUUGGCCGAAACGACCGACAGAUCCAGGUCUCGAAGGUCUCUGGAAGGCCGUCGAAGAUCUCUCGAGAGAACGCAAUGCGUGGACUUGACAGACGCGUCGCCCCCAACGCCGCGAAGACGACGUGAAGACGACGUGCUUUUGGAUGAAGUGGAAUCAGAACUGAGACGAAGACUGCAGACUCAGACAUCGGCGGACGCGGCGGACGCGUUUGAAUCUCUAUUGCGGGAUCAGAUGGACGACGUCCAGACAUUAAUGCGUGAAGUUCAACGAGAAUUGAAUACAAUUCGAGCGGAAGAACGACGCUUUAAAUCGCUUUCAACGCAAUCUCUUUUGGCCAGAUCUUCGGCUCCUAUUCUGGACACUUUAUCAAUUGACGGCCAAUUACCGUUUGUCCCUCUCACACCCGCCGGUCAUUCCUCCACUUUCUCACAUCACACGCCAUUCGAGUCACUAUCGAUCGCUUCUAUGAUGACGUCAUCAGAGGUUUCGGACGACGAAAAAGCGUCGCUCACAACAGCCAUUUCGGACGACGACGACGAAUCACCAAUGAGGACGCGAUCCGGAGCUUCAGCCGCAAACGUCGAGUGUUUGGGAAGUGUUCGCAAAUCGGGAUUUCUUUGCGUCAAGAAAUGGCUUCUCAGAAAACGUCAUUCUCUGGAAUUGGCGCGAAGACGUGGAUGGAAAGGAUAUUGGGUUUGUUUGAAAGGAACGACACUUUUGUUCUACGGAUGCGAAUCACGUGACGGCCAUUCGAUAGACGCGUCGCCGAAACACUUGAUUUUUGUCGACCAAUGUUUGGCGCAAUCGGUUCCAGAACAUCCCAAACGCGAUCACGUCUUCUGUUUGUCGACGGCUUUCGGUGACGCCUAUCUAUUGGACGCUCCGUGUCUUGAAGAACGCGAUCUCUGGGUUCAAGCCAUUCAUUCCGCUUGUUCCGCACAAUUCGCCAGAUCUUCGGGCAAAGCGGCCGUCGCCCACGCAUUGCGUGAAGAAAUCGGACGUUUGGAGCGCACGACAGAUACCGAGUCUCGAACACGACAUGAAACGGAACUAUUGCUGACAUGCGUCGCUCCGGACGACGCAAGACAGAGACAACAAUUGGUUUCAGCGAUAAUGAGUUGCGACGAAAAGUCGGAAAAACAAAGAGUCGACGCCUUUCGGCUCAAAUGCUAUGUCAGCGCAGUUGAAGGUUUAGAAGAUAUGCCAAAUCCGAAGACAGUCUUAUCUCUGACUAAUAGACGAACAAAAAGCCAAUUAAACCGAUUGGGAGUCUUCACGGUGUCGUCUCUUCACGCUUUCAAUUGCGCGAAAAACCCUUCAAUAGUUGGAAGUCUUUUAAGACGACAAAAAAGCGACGAAAAGGAYAUUCCUCCUCCUCUUGUCCGCGAAGACCAACUCCUCAUUGAAGUGGACGUUGUUUUGACGACGACUGGAGAGAGACGUCGUAUUCGCGCUUCUGGCGAUUGGAUGUCCGACCAAUUGCUUCUGCAUUUGAUGUCUUCGGCUGCAAACGCUCGGGAAUACUUUGUCUGCGAAGGCGGGCGUCCGUUGACUCGGAAUCAGCGUUUGGAUGAAUUAGAGUCACGUGAACUACAAGUCGUGCCAAAAGUCUUGUUUACGGUAGAGUUGUCACGUGACACGAAUGACGUGUUGUUCGGGUUUUCGGUCGAAUCGGAACUCAAUUCUUCGGAUUUAUGUGUUUUUGUUUCUCGCGUCGAGAGCGCUUCGAUCGCCGCGAAUCACGGUUUGCGUCGAAACGACGAAUUGGUUGUAAUAAACGGCGCUUUAGUUCACGACUUGGACAUGAUGUUUGUCGAAUCCCUUCUUCAAGAAGAAUGCAAUCUUUGUCUUAUGGUUCGGUCGUCUCGUUCUCCUCCAACUCAAGACACACGUGAUGACCGAGAAACCGAUGCAAUGAUUGAAUCCUUGGUUUGUCCGCCGCCUCCCGAAGACCGCGACAUUCGACUCAUAAAUUCGGAUCAAUUGAAAGACUUAAUUGUGCCAAAAGUCGACGCUUUCUUACCAAACGCCGACGUCGUCGUCGUCGUGCCGGACGACACACGAACGACGCCCAUUCGCUCGGAAAACAAAUGCGAAGACCGCAUGCGUAAAGUUGUUCGCGAACUUGUGGACACAGAAGUCACUUAUGUCGCGGCUCUCGAAGCGCUAGUUUCGCAAUAUUUGGAACCAUUGGCUCGAGAGCCGCAACUGUUGUCUUCGGCAGAUGUUCAGGUGUUGUUCGGUCAAGUUCAGGACAUAAUAUCGGCUCAAAAGCGCUUUUGUCGUCAAUUGACUCAAAUCGUCGAUUCGGACGGUUCGGUGGACGCCGAGGCCGUCGCAAAUGUCUUUCUCACUCAUUCUCCGCAAUUCAGACAAUACUCGACAUUCUGUGCUUCACAUUCACGUGCCGUCAAGUUAUUGGCCGACGACAAGUCGGCUCAAGGAUUGGCACUAAGAGAAUGGUUGUCCCGACGCUGUGGAGGACAAUUAGCCCAAUCUCUUGAAUCUCAUUUGAUUCGUCCGAUUCAACGCGUUCUCAAAUAUCCUCUUCUUCUCCAACAAAUGAAAAACUUGUGUCCACGUGAUUCAAACGCCGCACGACUGCUGGACGACGCCUUGAGAGCCGUGGAAAGCGUCGCCGAACACAUCAACGAAAUGCAAAGAGUUCACGAAGAAUACGGCGCCGUUUUUGAGCAUUUAUCGCGAGCACAACAGCGCAACGCUCAGCCGGCCGUGGAUUUGGCUCCGACGGCUUUAUUGCAUUACGGAGGCGUCCAAUGGCUGAAUGCGUGCGAAUUCUUGGGAAAAGCUUCUUCGCGAAGAGGACUCGAAUUGCAUUCAAUGGCUUUUGUGUUUCGCGCGUGCGUCGUCUUCUUGUGCAAAGAAACGGUUCGAAGGAACAAAAGACCGGCGGCCGCCAGAGCCGAAGUGGAGAUAAUUCGUCACCAGACUUUGAUUCCUGUCGUCGAAGUUCAAGUCAGAGCUUCUCAUGCGGAAGGAGAACACGACUUCAAGUGGGAAUUGAUUCAAUUGAAAACAGCGGCCGGAAAACGCUCGGAAAAGAUCUAUYGGUUGGCCAACAGUUCGGCGGAACUGCGAAACGCCUUUUUGCGCACAAUUCGCCAAAUCAUUAGAGACGACGUCCGCCAAAUGUCGUGUCAGCUCAAAGCCAAACAAAAAGCCGACGUCCGGGACGACGGCCGAGACGACGACCGCACGACGGCUCAGACGGUUGCGUGUGGUCUUUGCGGAAAAGACGUGUCGAUCGGAUGUCGCGCUAAAGACCAUUCGUCGGGUUCAACGGCCGAUUCUCCGGUUUGGAAACGUCGUCAGGACUCGUCUUCGACGUCUCGCUGAAGACUUUU